AUGGCAGAUCGAGCAACUGGACCUCAGGGUGGGGAGUCCAGCAGACAAGGAGGAACGGGAUAUUAUACUCCCCGUAUUUCAACACCACCCGCGGAACCUCCAGCAGUUCAGCCGAAGGGACCAUUGUAUCCAGGUCUUCCAGAUCCAUUUGAAGUGCCAGAUGACGAGAUGUCGGGCCUGUCUUUUGACCUAAAUGAGCUACCGUACGCAAGGCCUGACAGCAACCUGACGGCAAGAGCGAUGAUCGAGGACUUCCUGGAUAUUAAGAGCAGAGUACCAUACCAGGUUCCAGCACCACGACGCCAACUUAAGACUCGACCACGGACCCCCUCGAGCACGAUCCCGAAAGCCUAUGACUUUCUUAAAGCUCUCUUUAGCAAUCCGGCCGACUUUCAGGCCUUCUUAACUACUACGGAGUUCUACUCCAAGCACUGCACCCGCGGAUGGCCAGCUUUAUCGCCCGAUCUUAACCCGAUCGAGACGGUUUGGUUAUGGAUGAAGGAUUAUAUUCAAGAAAGAUAUCCUGAUGUUCAUCAAAGCUAUCCUCGAUUAAGAAUGGCUGUUCAAGAAGCGUGGGAUUCGAUCGAUAAGGAUAGAAUUGUUGCUUUAAUUAGAACUAUGAGACAGCGUGCACAAUCCUACCUCGAAGUCCUCGAAGCCGAAGUCAAGCCAAUCUUCCGAAAAUUGCCUCGCAAAUAUUGGUUUCAGCAAGACAAUGCAUCAAUCUAUACUGCAAAGAAACUUAGCACGUCGCCGUACCCUAUGGGAGGUCCCAGGGCGGCAGGCUUCGCCUGCUACCCGCCCGACGUAAAUAAAUACAACAACAAUAACAACAACAACAACUUAAUUUUUUCCGUGGGAGCGGUGCUCUCAGUCACCAACGGAGCAUCUCUCCCUCGCCCUAAGAAUGUCGCCGUCGGUCCUGGUUACAUUUCAUUGCCUGUAGUUGCCGAGAAUUCCGAGGCCGGAAGCAUGCAGAAGAGGCAACCGAGCAACCCUGAUCUCUACAAUACGGAUUUUGAAACGGUAUAUUUGGGCCACCUAUCUUUAGGAACACCUGCUCAGCCCGUCUAUCUUCUCCUCGAUACAGGCUCUUCGGAGACUUGUGUCGACCCUGAUGGUACCACAGCUAGCUCGGCACACAGCAGACCGAAUGCAAUAGCUUCCCCAAAUAUGACCCUGGAUGGAGAUGCAUCGCCCCCGGCAUAUCAGCAGCCGGUGUUUCUUGACAGUGAUGGAACUCUAAGCCAGCUACCCGCCAACCUCGUGGCAGCCAUGCUAUCGGAAUUUACUGGCGUGGUAGAUGUGGGAAAUGGGCUAUACUUAGUCGAUUGUGUCCAGACCAUGCAUAGUGGAACACUCGACUUCGGAUCUGGGAACGCUAUGAACAAAGUUCCUUACAGCAAAUGA